UUGAUGGGAAUGUUUUUUGUUCGAAAGGUCCAUAUUUCUAUUUUUUUCCAUUUUUUAUGUGGACAAGAUGGUUGGAUAGAAGCUUGGAAUACUCCAACUGGAAGAUUAUUGAGUUCAUUCAAUACACACCGAGAAAUUGAACAAUUAAUUGUUGGGGCUGAUGGGGAUAGAAUACUUGCAAAAUUGGCAAAAACGGCCCAACUUCCAAUAAUUUGUCUCCACAAUACCCCAGCCAGUUUAUCUUCAACUUCAGCCAGUCGUUAUGAACGUGUAAUUUUAAGUGGAGGUAUUGAAGGAGAAGAAGAAAAUGGACAUAGAAAAAGUUUAGUUCCUUCAUUUCAAUCUUCCACAACUCCUCAACCUUUAAAUUUAGAAGAAGAAGGAAAUAAUGAAGAAAGAAAAAAGAUAAAGAAGAACAACAAAUAA